AUGCUCAAACUUGAUUAACAAUCAUAAGUUACAUCUCAACAUACCCCUUAAUAACCAUAUAAUCAAGAAUUAGAAUAACAUCAUGAAUCAACAAUGUAUAUGUCUUUAAGUAAAUUUUAAUUCAUUUUUAGAUUAUCAUAAGACUCAUUAAUAAACAUAUUCUUAAGCAAAUUAGUUUAGUUAACAUUCAAAAUUAUUUGAUUUAAGAAAAAAGUACCUUAAAAAUAGAGAGGAUACUUAAAGAAGAUCAGUUUCUCAUCAUAGUAGAAUACCUCCUAAUCGAUCUCCUCCAAAGACUCAACAGACUAAAAAAUAGUAUUCACCAAAACAAGAAAAUUUUCCAGUUUAACAUAAAAAGAAGACUGUUCCAGUUUCUAAAAAUUUAGGUAGCAAUUUGAGAAAUAUUCUUAAAACUAAUUUUGCUCAAUAACCUAUUUAUGAGGAAAAUCCUUAAAAUGAAAAUAUUAGAAAAGAGUAUUCUUAGAUUGUUUAAAUUCCUAAUGAAUAUUAAUCAAUUGAUAGUUAUACAUUUAUAAAAACACUUGGAAUUGGAGCAACUGCUGAAGUAAAGAUGGCUAGACAUAAAGAUUUAGAGAUUGAUGUUGCAAUUAAAAUAUAUGAUAAAAAGAAAAUGAAUAAUAUGCAUUUAAAAAAUCUAGAAAGAGAAGUUGAAAUCUUAAAUUAACUUAAACAUCCAAACAUAAUCAAUUUAUAUCAUAUGUAUGAAAAUGAUAAGUCAAUAUAUUUAAUUAUGGAAUAUUCAUCUCCAACAAAUUUAGAAAUUUUUAUGAAAGGAAGACCAUUUAAAAGAAUAAAUGAAGAUGAAGCUAAAAUUAUAUUUCGACAAAUUACAGAUGCAAUUUAUUAUAUGCAUUAAUAAGAUAUAUGUCAUAGAGAUCUAAAAUUUGAAAAUCUUUUAAUAGAUUAUAAUACAAGAAAGAUUAAAUUAAUUGAUUUUGGAUAUUCUAUUAAAAUUAAUGGAAAAUAAACUUGUUCAUGUGGUACUCCAUAAUAUAUGGCUCCUGAAUUAGUUAAAAAAGGAUCUUAUGAUCAAUCUGUAGAUAUUUGGGCCUGUGGUAUAAUCCUUUUUAAAAUGGUAACAGGUGUAUUCCCUUUUAGAGGUAAUUCAGAAAAGGAUUUAAAUAAAAAAAUUUGUUUAGGCAAAAUUGAAUAUCCUUCAUUUGUUUCAUAUUAAGUCAAAUAAUUAAUAUCAGGGAUGUUAAAAGUAGAUUAAAAAGAAAGAUUAACAAUUCUAGAAGUAUAAUAAAGUUAAUGGUUAUAAUGA